UAGCUUACUCUUUUAGACCAUCAACAAGACAACAAAUACAAAAAUUCCUGCACUUUUCCGUCUUUCUCAUCCAACUCUUCUUCUUCGUCAUAUACUUACUUUUCCGGCGAAUAAUGGGUCCCACAAAUGGCGGAAUCGUCGAAACACCGACACUCGAUAUCGAAACCCCCGGAAUCCUCCAGCGCGUGUCCGAGGAAGGCGGCGGUUACACCUUCGCACGCAUGGCGGCGGCGGCACGUGACGGAGACGCACGUGCAGCGGAGGUGGCGCGUGAGAUGGCGUGGGAGCAGCUUCACUGUGGACCAUGGCACUCUGUGUUGCCCAUUUGGAGGGAUGCUUAUUCAAUGGCGUGCUUACACGUGGCGAAACACCAUUUCGCCGGAGGUGACUUCUCGGAGACGAUUAGGGUUUUGGAUUUGGGGUUGAUUAUGGGUGGGACCCUUUUGAGGGUUGACUUGGAAAAUGCUGUUGAUAAAGUUAUGGCGGUUUUGGAGGAGAGAGAGAAUGGGAGUAACAAUGGUGAAGGGAGUGAUAAUGGUGGUGGGUUGUUGUUUUCUUCUGCUGAUUUUAAUGAAGCUGAGGUUCUCAGGUCAUUGCCUGCAAAUUCACUGUCUUCGAAGCUUGUUGCAAGACGCUCUGGGUUGUCAUUGGAAGGGUUCCUUCGUGACUAUUUUCUAAUGGGUUUGCCUGUUAUAAUCAGUGACUCGAUGUCCCAUUGGCCCGCUAGAGCUAGGUGGAACAACAUGGAAUAUUUGAAAAGAGUGGCCGGUGGCCGAACAGUACCUGUUGAGGUUGGAAAGAACUACCUAUGUUCCGAGUGGAAGCAAGAGCUUAUCACGUUUUCCCAAUUUCUGGAACGAAUUCAAUCUGGCAGCACUUGUGCAGCUCCUACAUACCUAGCGCAGCAUCCUUUGUUUGAGCAGAUAAAAGAGCUUAGGAAGGACAUUCUUGUUCCGGACUAUUGUUAUGCUGGUGGCGGCGAGCUGAGGUCAAUUAAUGCUUGGUUUGGUCCUGCUGGAACUGUAACUCCGUUGCACCAUGAUCCACACCAUAAUUUACUUGCUCAGGUUGUUGGCAAGAAGUAUGUAAGACUCUAUGCAGCCUCUCUGUCCGAGGAACUUUAUCCGCAUUCUGAAACCAUGCUACGCAAUUCCAGCCAGAUUGAUUUAGAUGACAUAGAUGACAAUGCAUUUCCGAAAGUGAGGGACUUGGAGUUCAUGGACUGCAUUUUAGAUGAAGGUGAUAUGCUAUACAUUCCUCCUAAGUGGUGGCACUACGUGCGAUCUCUCACACCAAGCUUAUCAGUUAGUUUUUGGUGGAGCAACCCUGAAGGUUCACCCUGAGUUGGCAGUAUCCUAUUUGCUUAGAUCGCGGAAAUUUUAUUUCAAAAAAUUGAUAGAAUUAGGGUGAUAACAUAGACACUCGCAUUUGCUACGAUGUCAUUUUGAUGUAUAUAGACAUUCAAAUGAUGAAUGAUUGAAGCGUUUGGUCAGUCCGAACCUCUGAACUCGUGCAUUGUGAAAUGUAAUUGAAUGCUUUCAAGCAUCUCCUAGAUAUUUUGUCAAAUAAACUUCAUUAGUCAGUCCUGCUCUUAUGUUCUGUGUUUAGUAAAAUUAUAUCUUAUUUUCAUAAGAAGAUAUUAGAGAUUUACAGUAAAAUUUUGAGUCUAGUCUCAGAAACUGUACCUAUUUCAUGACAGAAACCUUCCAUUUGACGUCAAUGUCUUAACCAAUACGUUCAAACGAAGGCGGUUUGUAAAGGUUAGGGGUGCAUGAGAGAAUGGCAUAUGAUGAGUCAUUUUCAGCCUCUGGCCAUCCUCACAGAUUAAGCAUCUGAAUCCGUUUUUUGUUCGAGUGGUCGUUAUUUCAAGUCAAUCAUUGAUAAUUUACUUGCAUUAUAGUGAUCAUAUCACCAUUCCCACAAAUAUGCUCAUGUAACAUCUACAUGGGACCCUAGAAGCGAUGAAAGCUGAGACUGGCACAAGAAUGAUCUGAGGGACGAAGACGUGGAAGAGCCUUGGGCGGAUAUAGGUUCAAUAAUAUCAACAAAUAUCUUCUGCAUACACUGGGAAGAUGAAAUUCAGCCUCAUUUCAUCCUAGACAAUAAUUUUUUCUUGGACGUAUCGUUUCGAAACUUUGUGUAAUCAGGACAGUGUGCCCUGGUUUUGUAGUAUAUGAUGUAUGUACCUUCAAAUGUACUUGUUAGUCUUUACAUAAUAAUAAUAAUGCAUCAAGAAAAUGAUUACUAAA